GACUUGUAAGCGACUUGCAGUUGGACACUUCGAUUGUCACCUUCCACCAUCACAGAUUUCACGAACUCUUAAACCCUAAUUCCUGUCCAUUUUAACCUCAAAAUCCCAAAGUCUAUUUCUCUAUUGUCAUUUUACCUUUUUGAUACAAUUCAGGAGCCAUAAUUUAUGCAUCCUUAAUUUCAAUCCAGAAACCCUCUUCCAAACCCCAAUGCUCUUAACAUUUUUUUCUUCAAAAACCCUAAUUCCAUGAUCAUCAUUUGGUAAGAGCUGUGGAUGUUGUUUCUCACUAGCCCUUGGUAGCUCCACACGAUUCCCAGUGAUGGUUUGUUAGUUCAAGAAGGAUGGACACAUAAAUUCUCAAAACAAUGAGAAGUUUUUAGUUUGCCGUGGCCAUGUGAGUUUCUUGGUGCUCAGGGAUUUUCAAUGUUCAAAAACUCGGCCUAGUUGACUCAAACUCAGCCUCAACACCCUUUCAAGAGAUGUUGACAACUGCAAUUGGACUGAGGGAAUGUGAUGAAUCAAACCAAGUAUUAUUAGAAGAUCUGGCCUCUGAAUUGGAAGAUGAGGAAGCUGAUAUUUCUGGGAAGAUACUCUAUAUGGCCUCUUUUGAGGAACUUGAGGGAAGCCAUGUGAUAUAUGACACAGUUGUCUGGGUCCUUAUCUCUCUACUUCUUGUUCUAGCUUGGGGUGUGGGAAUAUUGAUGCUCUUAUAUCUACCCUUCAAAAGAUACAUUUUAAGGAAGGAUAUCCAUUCCCGUAAACUCUAUGUUACAUGCAACGAAAUAGUUUACAAGGCGAAGCGACCUUCGUUCUUACCCUUUUGGGGCUUCACAACAAUUGAGAAACACAUACCUCUUCCUCUCGUUAUUGAUGUCAUCAUAGAACAAGGUUGCUUGCAGACUUUAUACGGAAUACACACAUUCAGAGUGGAAAGUGUAGCACAUGGGAAAGCUGCACAUGUGGAUGAACUACAGAUUCAAGGGGUCUGGGAUCCAGGCCUCCUUAGGAAGGUGAUUGUUACUGAAGCUGCUAAUUGUAUGCAAGAAAUUGGGGCGAGCAAGAAGCCUAUGAUGAGUACCAGCGAUGGAGAACCUCUAUUAACUCCCACUGGAUCAAUCAUUGAAACCCAAGCAAUUGGCAAACCACAACCACCUAAUUGGAAGGCCACACCAUCUCCAAGGCGUGGUUUUCGCGAAGGAUUUGUUCAUACUGAUGUGCUGCUACAUAAGCUUGAAGAAGUUGAACAGUCGGUGAAGAAAAUUGAAUCGAUCGUGGAGAGAUCGCAAUCAAAGAAACCACAGGAUGGCAGUUGAUUCUAUCUAUGCAUGACACGAAAAGGACUAUAGUCGCUGUAUUUUUUUUAUAUUGAUUUUUUUCUUUUUUUUUGUGAAAUUGAAUGUCUUGUAUAUGAAAUAUUGUUUUCGUGCAGUGGCAAUAUGUUUCUGUGGAUUAGAUCUCUUCUAAAUGAAAAGUCAGAAGUGAUGAUGGA